UUCGAUUCCUAGGUAUAUUUACGACACUAAAUGCCUGUAAAAAACCAAUUCGUUGGAAAAAAAAUUUGAUAAAGACGACAGUUGCUCUGUGUCAGCACAUUCCAUACCAAGGAAGAGGAAAGAAGAGGCUCUUGAGUACCAAAGAUACAGUUUUCAUCCGCGAAAGCAGCGUCAAGUGUAACAAUAUGUCGUCCGAGGAGCUGGCGCCAAUUAACGAGCAGGACCUGAAGGACCUUAAGGAGCGCAUGAAACUGAUUGUGGAAGCGGAUCCCAAGCAGUACCACAAUGAUUUCUCUCUCAGGCGAUAUCUGCGCGCCUUUAAGACAACAGAUGACGCAUUCCAAGCCAUACUGAAGACGAACAAGUGGCGUGAGACAUAUGGCGUGGAGAAGCUGGCCGAGAUGGACCGCAGCCAGCUGGAGAACAAGGCCCGUCUGCUGCGCCACCGCGACUGCAUUGGCCGUCCAGUUAUCUACAUUCCGGCCAAGAACCACGGCUCCUCCACCCGUGACAUUGAUGAGCUGACCCGUUUCAUUGUCUACAACCUGGAGGAGGCGUGCAAGAAGUGCUUCGAGGAGGUCACCGACCGACUGUGCAUCGUCUUCGACCUGGCCGAGUUCAGUACUUCGUGCAUGGACUACCAGCUGGUGCAGAACCUCAUCUGGCUGCUGGGCAAGCACUUUCCGGAGCGCCUUGGCGUCUGCUUGAUACUCAAUUCGCCGGGCCUCUUCUCCACCGUUUGGCCGGCCAUUCGCGUGCUGCUCGACGACAACACCGCCAAGAAGGUGAAGUUUGUCAGCGAUGAUGUGGAUCUAUGUCAAUACCUGAUACCCGACAUUCUCCCCACUGACAUGUAAGCCGGUGCCCGGCCCCUCGUUUGAUUACAAUUUAGUCGUAGACAUAUCUCUAAAGAGAAACCAGUACCUAAAGGCGGUGAGCGAAUGGAAAGCGAACGAGGUGUAGGGAGGCUUCUGUUAGCUUUGACCCUGUGUACUCUAUGUGUAAAUCGAUGUGUUUAACAAGUGUUGAUUGUAUUUUAUUGCCCAACCUACUAGUACAAGCGACUAUUUUAGAUAAAGGUUUAUCUAUGCGCAUAUUUAUAUAUUGUAUAUAGCAUCAGUAGUAUACCCCAUAUACCUUGUAUUCGUACUCUAUACUAUAUGUAUAUGCAUGUGUCGAUGUGUACAGAAAAAUAAAGUUCUAAAACGAAACUCUC